AUGAGUGAAACCGAAGUUAGCAAGCGCCUACAGUCCUCCCUGGACAGUAAGAAAGGGAGGUUCAAUGAGAUCACCGCCCUGUCACAGAAGGCCAUCAACAAUGCCAUGUCCGAUCUGUUGAAAAAGCAUACGGAGCUAACUGAAGUCAAGGCUGAAUUCGAGGGAAUCGGCACUCUGGAUGCAACACUGAAGAGCAGCCAGCUUUCCCUGAAUGUUACCGGGCAGGAGAAUCUAGCAUCAAUGGAUAAGGACUUCAAAGUCAACGAUUGGACCACGGCUUGGACUUGCACUCUCGACAAGGAAGAUAUUGAUCCAACCUCCGAAGAGUUCGAGCAAGUUUCCAACCAGAUCAGUCAGCCUGGGGACUUCUCAAUCAACUCCAUAUUCUUCGCUUUCACUAUGACAACCUUGCUUUUAUCUUCAGACGAUCAUAUCAUCAACUUUGACCGGUAUCACAGCUCCUUCAACGGAGCGGACGUGACCGACGACGAAAAGACCUAUCUGAGUUUGAUUCUGGGUAAGUGGUACGUAGGUGCGGAUAGUAAGUGGCAGCACCGCCAGAAACGCACUCUGGCCUAUGCGUUACAUACGGCUAAGCCCGAGACCGUGAACAAGGAGGCGCCAUCUUUCCCCCCAACGUCUCUGAAGCUGCAAACCUACCCCUACAUCGCCCCCAAUCAGACGAAGCCGGGGGAAGGUCUUGGGGCGGUCGGCGAAAACAACAUGCUCCUCUAUCUGCAAAUGACCAAGAAUCGAUCCUUCCCAGAUGUCCGGCUUCUGGAGUAUUCGGGGAACUACGUCUCCCCGGGCAUCAACGGCACGAUUAUCAUCGAUCGGGACAUCUUCUGGGAUAGCUACCUCUGUCGAACUUCUCCCUCCCAGCUGCUGUCUGUCUUCAAUGUUUAUACAUACGCGUGGGUCGGCAGUGCGAGUAAUCCCGACAUGGCGGGAGAGCAAUGGACAAUUGCGUCGGGGAGCCAUUCUAACGACCCCAACUUUUAUGCGUGGAAGCAAAGUGCAUCCAAUCCCUUGACCUGGACAUGGGCCCCCUCAAACAAGGAACAAUCUUACCACCACACGUACAGUAAGAAAGGAUAUGGCUGGAAUAGGCUCGACAUUGAUUGCACCACAUCUAACACGCUGAGCGCCGUUCCCGGAGAGAGCAAUAUCCAUGCGAGGGGCAUUACGGACAUCAAAAUUGUAUGCCAGUCGGUUUGCACAAUCUAUCCCAUGAAUUGGGAAUACGAUUACACCAUCCAUAUCAAAAUCACUUGGCAAACCAAGAUCACUAUCUCGGCCGCCGACGGCGGCCUGAAGCUUUCUCUCAAUCUGCCCGCCGAUCUAACCAAAACCUUCCAAGUGACGGCGGAUCCGCUGAAGUUCAGGGGCGACACUGCGGGCUUUAAUCAACUGGACAGCGUCAAAGAAAGAAACCAGGGCUUACAGGACAACCUCGUGCAACAAUUCCGGAACGUCUCAUUUGGCGACGCCGAGAAAAACUUGGAGAAGGACCUCAAUACCACGGCUCGGUUUGUGAUUCCUGGCAACGCAUCCUUGUUGUAUGAGAAGCCGGUUUUCAACAACAAUGGGGAUUUGAUGAUUGAGGCCAAUUACAUAGUAUAGUGUUCGCGAUGUCUUGUUCUAGCCAUCGGCUACUAUGUAGUUAUUACGUGG